AUGUACAACCCAAGCAAGCGUACUAUCAAAAGAAGACAGAGAACAGCUGUACCUCAGUUCUUACUGGAUUACUUUUCUGAAGACGUUCCAAUAAGUGGUUUGAAUUAUAUUCCCACUGAAAACCCAUCUGUUUCUGAGGCGGAAUUUAGUAGUCCUCGCCUAAAGUAUACAUAUACGCGCAAGAAGAGAGCAAGAACCAUGGCUGUAGCCCCCGUAGAAACGCCUUCCGAGAACAUUGCUGCUUCUCAGACUGACUUGGACGUCGAAAUUGAUUUCGAUACAUAUGAAGCCAGUCAGACCCAGAAAAGAAGCCUCUACAACAAGUGGGUAGAUUUGCUUCCCCAGUUAGCCGAUUCCUUCCUGCGUUACCUUGGAAGAUGCAAGGAUGGCUGUCUGGAUAAGAAGGUUAUUGCUCCUUUGUCUCAUUUCCUUUGUUCUUGCACAAAGUUCUCUAAGAAAAACAUCUACAUGUUUUUUUUGCAUUCCUCAGGAACAUUUGAGGUUGUUUUUUGCGGAUGCAAGUCCAUUCCCGAGCAGUUGGUUGAGAUGGGUAUGCUCCCUGCUUCCCUCAACAAUGUCCAAUAUGCAAUUCAUUUCGGACUUCUUGAGUUUAUGAGAGACAUGCGAGAUGUUCUUGCCACCUCUGGCCAGGGCUUGGCCGAUCUGUACAAUAAGAUCAAUCUGGGUGCUGAGAGACAGAUCUCAAAGGCAUAUUGCCAAAAUCUUCUGCAUGUCUUCAUCAGGCUUACGAUGAUUGUUGAGGCCAAGGUAGAGAAGCUUUCGCCUGGAUUCCGGGAAUCCAACUGUUGCCCUGCUUGUCCAGAUGUUGACAGCAAUGUGGCCGUUGACGACUGUCGAUAUGUUGCUAUGGAUGGCAAUUUUAGCCUGAAGUGUGAGAGGAGGAAAGAUGGUGAGGGUGAUGUUGGCGAAGAGUUGGAGCAAGUAGAGGCUCAACUCAAGCAGGUGUGGAUUGGUGACGACGUGGUGAAGACGUAUGAGAAGGAGAGGGCUGAAGAAGGCGUAGGUCGGUUCGACAGCAACUUCCAUGCUGGCUCUGGCAGUUUGGCAAAGUCCAUAAAGUACCCUAUUAAGGGUCUUUUUGCGGCGAGCUGUGCACGCCAUGAGUCAGUCAUUAAGUUGGUAGACAUGGAAACUGGUGAAGGGUUUAAGUACCCUCUCUCCAUAAUUAAUCAACUACUUGGUGAUUCAGGUAGUGAUGGCCAGUCUGCUGAUAACUCUCCCAACAUCAAUGUGAUGUAUGAUGUUGUCUGUAAGCUGGCAAAGUCACUGAAGGCUAACUUUCCCGGACUGAUGGAGAAAUCAAAACUAGCAGUUCCGAUUUUCCAUGCGUAUGCUCAUGUUCAACACUGCCAGGUUAAGCUCAACCCUAAAUAUAGAGAUGGGUUUGGCUUGACAGAUGGUGAAUGUUUGGAACGCCUCUGGUCAUAUCUUAACCGCUUUGUGACGAUGACCAGAAAGAUGGGACAAGCAAACCGGAAGUUGGUCUUGUACAGAGCCAUCAAGUUCCGCAAUGAGACGAAGAAGGUUGAGUUGGGCUUGAUGUUGGAGAGUAAGUAUGUCAAAGCAAAGCGCAUCAUAGAAGAAUCCAGGAAGGCGUUGGAGGGAUUCGACUGUGUUGUGAUUGAGCGAGAAUGGAAGCAGCAUGUUAACAAGGUAGAGAAGUCGGAGAACUACGUUGACAUUGCUGAUUUGAUGGAGUCCGGCCGUAAGGUUCAAGGCAAUAUUGCUUUGUUCCUUGUAAAUUUUACAAUUUUGCGCCGACUAAGAGAGCUCGCUAAUGAUGCCAACGGAAAUCAUGUGAAAGAUGAGAUCAAUAGGCUGAAGCACGAAAUGGAGAAGUUGAAGGCGAAGAUCCAGGAGGAAGUUGAGGGCUUCCAAGAACCUGAUGAAGAAAAUACAAACCUCAUAAAAUAUAUAGAAGAAAAUGCCCAGCUAGGGUACAACGAGUUCCUAGCUUACAAAAAAACAUAUUCAAAGAUGCGAUUAGAGCCAAUGUUCGAGCGUAUCAUGAUACCUCGACAUUGCUUUACAAAUCUGGCCAUAUCGGCACAAAAAAAGCAAAACAACACCAAACCAGCCUGAAUAAACAGGCCAAACAAAUUACCUACCUCGUCCAAGCAUUCAACCUUGAAUUCAAUGAGUCUUUGACCUUUGAUUCAAUAAUCAAUAAAAAAAGUAUUUUCUGGGAUGCGGAAAUCCGUCCCGAAGUCCAUCUCUUUUUGGCAAAGAAAAGAGCAGAAGAAGAAGUUGCACUUCUGAAGCAUGAUGCCUUCUGGCUCCAACACCGUGCCACAAAAGAAAGGACUUUAAGAGAGCAAGGGCUAAAAGCCCUUGACAAUGCUGUAGGUACUCUGGACAAAGAGGUUCUUUGCGGGAUGCAGUUCCUUUUGGCUAGAAAGCUUCGGCUUUCUAUGUCUUGGGAGCGAGCAGUCUUUGCUCAGACCAGUUUCCUUCUGGGAACUUCGUCUUCUCCCUCCUCCAUUCCUUCCACCUCCUCCUCCGUUCCUUUUGAGCCCUCAUCUGUCUCUUCCUAUUCAUUCACCGUUGAAGACAUAAACUCCCCCGAUGAUGGAGAAGCCACCAUCGCUUUUGUUGUGGAAGGUGAUGACGACAAUGCCGAUGCCGAUGAAGGCGAAGAAUACAAUAAUAUAUUUGAGUCUGAGACUAUAUAUGUUUGCUCAUUUUUGGAAAGUCAUUCAUGA